AUGGAUGGAUGGAACGAAGUAGCGAAUAUACCAAUAGUCAGUACCCCCAACAAUGGUUUCCUUGCUGAUGGUUCACAACUAACAAUCACCAGUACUAGAUUCGACACAGUCCAGAAUUUGAUUUGGUGUGGUGAUUCAAAUGGGUAUUUGCAAUCAGUUACACUUGGUCAGCCUACAUCCCCAUUUCAUAUUCAAUUGUACCCAUAUACCAAGUUUCAAACAAGUACUGUGAAUCAACCCAUACUGCAAAUAUUAUCACAUAAAGAUGGUAUUUUAUCAUUGCUGCGAGAUCAACUUUUAUUCAAUAAUCGACGAGGACUUCCCAAAGCUGGCUUUGAUGGGUCCUCGUUUGGUGAUAGUGAUGAUUUUGCCAGUUUGAAUUCAAUGACUUUCAAUGGAAAUUCAUCUAGUGAACUUGCCGUUGGUACUGAUUCCGGAUUAUUGAAAUUUGAUUUGAACAAGCCUACAAUGUUGGAUAAAUUGGAUUAUGAUGGGAAAGUCAGUAUUCUUAAUAGUACUCCUAAAUAUCUCACUGUUGGAGGAGGUAAUGGAUCACUCAAUUUAUUUGAUCCUUCUUCCAAUUCAUCUUUGAAAACAUUUGCUGCCCAUAAUGGUGCAAUUACUGGGUUGGAUGUCAAGGGAAAUUAUAUUGCAACAUGUGGUUCAUCUAUAAGACCAAGAAGAAAUUUUCACAAUCAAACACCAACGGAUUAUAUUGUUGAUCCGUUGGUCAACAUUUAUGAUGUUCGAACAAUGCGUGCAGUUACACCCGUGGCUUUCCCAGCAGGUGCAUCUUCGGUUAGAUUUCAUCCAAAAUUACCAAACAUUGUAAUUGUUGCGUCCAGACAUGGACAAGUACAUUUUAUUGACCUUUUCGAUCAGACUAAUGUACAUAUGUAUCAAGCAGAUGUUGAGUCGGCAAUUCCACCCCUGUCAUCUAAUGCCAAAGUGCCUGAGCUAUUUGAUUUGAACAUUAGUGAUUCAGGAGAUUUUCUCAUGUUUAAUAAUGGAAUUUCAGAUUUGCAUUUAUGGUCAAUAACCAAUUUGGGUACAAUGAAUAAGGAUUUCGUUAAUUUCCCACAAAUUGUUGAACGGCCUGACGUUAUUAACCAAAAUGAUGGGUUUAUCGAUAUUGACGAUGCUGUACCAUUAUCGUCUGUGGGAAUGCCAUAUUACAAAGAACUGCUUUUAUCAAAUUGGCCGAUUGAUAUGAAGUUUUCUAAAGAGACAGCAAAAUUACCAGAACGUAUUGAUGAAGAGCUUUUAGCAAAGGGAGAAAAUUAUCCACAACAGUUUUUAAAAUAUGAUUCACUUAGGUUUGGUCCUGGAAAUGUUGUACAACCAUACUAUUCGUUAAGCAAUGUAAAAGAUACGCAAAUACCCAAAUUUCUCAGCGAACGAGGCGACGAUAGAGAUUCAAGUAGGAUGGCACCACUCGAUGACACGUUUUUCAAAGCGGAAACAGAUCUGAAGAUCCCCAAGUGUUACUCGCGAUUGCAAAUUCAAUAUUCAAAAUUUGGAGUUAAAGAUUUUGACUUUGGAUAUUAUAACCGAACUGAGAACUAUUGCGGAUUAGAAAAUCACAGUGAUAACUCAUAUAUCAAUUCCUUGUUGCAGGUUUAUCGUUUCCAGUCAUUGUUUUACAAUCAAGUUGUCAACACUUUAAACAAUGAGUGGCUUCCUGAUGAUGCCAAGACAAUUAUUGAUGAAGAUAACCCACAGGGAUCGUCUAUAUUGAAUGAAUUGGGCUAUUUAUUCGAUAUGAUGUAUAAAGCGAAAUCCCGCAAUGUCAAGACGUUGAAUUUUAGCUCAGUCAUGAAUCAUGAUAAACAAGCUAAAGGUUUGGUCAAUUUGAAUGAACAGAUGAAUUUGAAUGCUCACGAAGUUAGAGAAUUAAUCAUUUCAUUCAAUAACUAUUUAUUGACUCGAUUAGAUCAUGAUUUUAAGAGACAAUAUUCAUCAGAUUUCAACAUUACUGAAUUGACAUACCAAAUUGAGAUCAAAGGAAAUGGCCAUUCAUGUCCUAUUUAUGACAAACAAUCGGGCUCGUUAUUUUCAUUGGAACUUAUAACUCCACCUAACAACAUGUUGCAUAAAAUGAGCAUCUUGGUAAAUUCUCAUUCUAACAAACCGCAAAAGCAACAACAAGAUAUCAAUCUCUCCAAUAUUCGCAAAAAUCUCAACAUUUUAACCUAUUUGGACUAUUCAAUGAAUCAAUUCAAGACAAUACCUUGCCAACAGCAUCAACAUUCAUAUCCACAUUCAUUGGAAAUUAGAACUGGUAUCACUCAACUUCCACCUGUUCUUGUACUCAAUGUUAAUUUAACCAAUGAAGAAUUCAAGAUUAUAAACAAUUUAAAACAGUGGCUUGUACCGGAAUUCUAUGCUGUCAAGCCAAAUAACACCCCGGGUUUCAGUUUCAAACCAACAAUGCCGGUAUCAAGUUCUUAUAAGAAAUAUGAAUUGUUAGGAUAUGUUUGUGAAAUUAGCCAUCAAAGUGAUUUAUCUAGGACAGGUUCGCAUAAUUUAGUGUCAUUUGUUAAAAUCAACAAUGAAUGGAUUUUCUUUAAUGAUUAUUUGGUAACCCCAAUACCCGAAGAAGAGGUGUUUAAUUUGAACUUACCGUGGAAAAAACCAGUAAUUGUCAUCUAUCAAGAAUCAUCCAUGCCUGAAUUCGAAUAUAUGCAAAAAUUUACCGGUAAUGAUUCAAUCUUGUAUCGUGAUCAUUUUGCUGGUGCAAUUAGAGAAUCAUACAAAAAGGAAUACAAGUUAUUAACUCGUCAAGAAGCACCCCUGGUUGGAACCAUGGUUGCUAUCGAUGCUGAAUUUGUCACUAUGAAACCAGAACAAUUGGAAAUCAGCUUAGCCGGUGUGAAAAAAUUAAUCAAACCACGAGAAUUAUCGCUAGCUAGAGUAUCAGUUUUGCGUGGAGAUAAUGACAACCCACUUUAUGGCGAAGCUUUUAUUGACGAUUAUAUUGUCCAUACUGAACCGAUCUACGACUACACCACCAAUUUCAGUGGAAUUGAACAAGACGAUUUAAAUUUCUACAAGUCUUCGAAAAACCUAGUCACUUUACAAACAUCAUAUCGCAAAUUAUGGCUUCUUUUAAACUUGGGAGUCAUAUUCAUUGGUCAUGGACUUUAUACUGAUUUCCGUACUAUCAAUUUACAAGUACCCCAACGACAAAUCAGGGAUACUGCUGAUCUAUACUAUAAGCCCGAUAUGAAGCGUCAAUUGAGUCUCAAAUUUUUGGCGUAUGUCAUGUUAAAACAAGAUGUGCAAACCGGUAACCAUGAUUCUAUUGAAGAUGCAAGGACGGCGUUGUUGUUGUAUAAACGAUAUGUCGAGUUGCUGCUGAGGGGUGAAUUUGAAUCAAUGUUGAAUCAUGUUUACGCCCAAGGUAACAAGUUGAGAUUUAGAGUACCAGAGAAAAUAAACGUUUAA